AUGAAUACUUCAACCGCGGGCAAUUACUCAUUUCAAAGCAAGGGUACUACUGAUAUAUAUGGCUAUCUCUAUAAUAAAACAUUCACACCAAACAAUACUAGUUUAAAUUUCAUUACGCAAGAUGAUGACAGUGGUGAUGGAACUAAUUUUAAGUUCAAUGCGAAUAUGUUCGCAUUUCAGUCAGCCGUUCUCGUUGUUACAACAUAUAGCGUUUCAAGAACUGCAGCAUUCAAAGUGAUAAUCGAUGGACCGGCUCGAGUAUCUUGUGGUCCAUAUGUCUCCAUGCCACUCGCAAUCACUUGUCGAACAAGUACUCCGAAUAAUACAGCUGCUUGCUCUGCUCCUAUCAUUACUCUGAUGCCGGGGUCAUCAUCCUUGGAGAAACCCCUUCAAUUUCGUCGAAGUCAAGACUUUUAUAUCAACGCAAACAUAAAUCGCUCUUGUGUGACAUCACUGGGAGCAGUUUCAAAUUGGGCUAUAUCCAUUUGUAACACAGAAUGCCGUUCUCCGAUUUCAAUCCAUCACUCGAUUAUCAGAACUGUUAAUGAACUAUACGUGCCUGCUAAAACACUAGAAUAUGGCAUCUACGAACUCAAACUAACCGUAACGAUGGUUGAGUUUCCUAUACUGUCGACAUCGGUAGCAAGCUAUAUUAAGAUCAAUCCAUCAGGCAUCACUGCUGUUCUGGUUCCUCUAGGCACCUCUAUGAUAACUCACGGCCAUGAACAAACCUUAACGCUCGAUCCAGGUACAUAUUCGAAAGAUCCAGAUUCAGACGUGUUCAAUGCAACUCAAUGGAACUAUACCUAUUAUUGUCGAAUCUAUGGGUCACCAAAUAGUAGUGAAUCAUGGAUACCAAUUGAUCAUAAUGAAACGCUUCGACAUAGUAGUUCCUGCUUCUCUAACCAAUCCAGUGAUGUAAAACCAUGGUACUAUCGUUCAAAUGAAUCGCGGUCAUCGAUCACCAUUUUGGCAUAUUCACUUGCAACCAAUCAAACCUAUCAAUUCAUGGUGACGAUGGAUCACAUCCAUAAUACUAGUCUUCAAGCCACUGGUUAUGCACUUGUAAUAGUGGAAAAUAAUCGCUCACAAGUGAUUGCAAUCGGAUGCGUCAUAUCAACGAUGUGUUCACACAAUCUUGAGUUUCAAGACAUCAAUCCAAGCACACAAGUAGCACUCUUCUCGCGUCCAGUCAACAAAUCAGCUUCAUUAAUUAAUAUCACAUGGAAUGUCUACUAUGUACUGACGAAUUCAUCCACAAACGUACAAAAUUGGACCUUGUUUACUCAUACGGUCGGCAAGUAUCGAGAUACUUGGUUUUUUGGCAAUAACACAAGUAAUUUUACCGCUAGUAAACAAUUGUUCCAGGAACAUCCGAACAUAACACUCUGGCGUUUCGAAGUUAUCUAUACGUUCAAACAAGAGAUAAGUUUGAGUGCACUGAAUUUCAAAAUUAAGAAACCACCGCAACCUGGCAAUUGGUCCAUUGCUCCUCCUAAUGGCACAACAAGUACCAAAUUCAUUUUAUCAUGUGAAGACCAACCCGACAUAGAUGAGAUCAAAGACUACUCAUUCUUUGCUUGGACAGCGGGUCUUAGGGAACGCUUAAUGCUUGGGGUCACAACAGCCCAAACAUUUGAAGUGCUAUUACCUGUUGGUGAUAGAAAUCCAUCAUCAGUCAUUGUGAUCGUACAAGUUCGAGAUAAACUCAAUUGUAUUACUGAAACUAACACUACAGCUGUGUCAGUGACUUCUGAGUACACUCACAUUACCUCGUUCAUUGAUAUUAUCAAAACUACUUCCAACAACAACGGCAUUGCAAUUCACAUGAACCCUCUGGUUCAACUCUUAGAGAACAGCAAUCCGGAUGUAAUCGCACAAGUGGUCACAACAGUUUCACAAGUAUUUAACCAAUUGAACACUGAAAUUAUCGAAUCAGCUGUCAAAAUUGGCAUUCCUGCAGAAACUGUUUCUGUUUCGUCGUUGGGCAGUCGAACGAUAAACGCCUCAUCUGAAUCACCAAGCGAUUCGACUUUGAUUCAGUAUAUGCAGCAAUUGAACAAUCACGCCACUGCUCGUGAAUACCUCAUGAAGAAAAUAAACAAUUCGCAGAUAAUUACAUCGGACAAUUUUCUGUUGCAAGCAUCAUCUCUUGCUCAACUCACCCAAGCGACUAAUCAGCUUACAAGAUCUACCUGCCUAAUCGCAUCUAGCAAAUGUCUAGCACUAGCGCUUGCUCUAAAAGACAUGAAUAAUACGAUUAGCUUUGAAGACACUCAAAUGGCUGCUGAUCACAUUAUGCAAUGUGCUACCAAUGUUCUAAGUGCUAUCAAUAUGCCACUACAGCAGCGAGGAAAGGCUCUCGAUAUAGAUUUAGCUGAUACCACAGCUAAGGUAGAUAAGGCCGCUGUUGAUCUCGAAUCAAACUGGGCUGAUAUAAAUCUCUUGAACAACAAAGAUAAACUAAUCUAUGAGAGAAACAUCUACGAGCAAAAUCUCAUAGCGAAUACCAUUGCCAAUCAAGCGAAUGAAACUAUGGUAGCGAUUACAACAGCGCUCAAAGUUCAUUUGAAUAUCCAUCAAAGUAUAACAGUAAAUACAACAGCAGUGUUCGCCUCUUGGGAAACGGCAUUAAAAACCUCUCUGUUUAAUAAAACAAUUCAACCAUUUGAUAGUGCUAAGAUUCACCUUCCACUAACAUUGAAUUCGAAUCUGAGCGAUAGUGAAGUAGUUUCGUUACGGUUCGUAAUGCAACCACUUGCAUUAGCUAGUGCCACUCAUUCUCAAGUGAAUACUAGCAUGUCGACGAUGAUUUCAUUUUCGGUGCUUGAUUCCAAUGGCACAGAGAUUCCAAUUGUCACCGACGACGAACACCCUAUUGAGAUUAUCAUUCCACGAGAUCCCAACUUCAUAAUACCACCCAUGAUCUUACAUAAUGUUACGAAAAUGUAUGCCCCCACACAACAGUUUCACUUUCAGACCUUUAAUAUUACACAAUCGAACGAAAAUUUAACUGUCUCUCUUCAUUUCGAAAUGCGUCCUCGUAAUCCAAGCCUAAAUUAUUUAUUGAUCUUGAAGUUUGACGGUCAACCUCAUUUAAACAGUACGAUUAAAAAUAUCGACGAUUGGUCGUUAUUAUGUUCUUCAAGUGAGUUUUGA